AAGAGUCAUCAAUUAUCCUUAGAUCGGAAUAAUAUGAAUUAAAUUUAAUGACUAUGCUGCUCACAAGAAGAGCCUCAAGUUAUUUCUCUUUGAUUUCUGUUUUAGUUUAACGGGAAUGUGAAUGGUGGUGAACGAGUAACUGUCACCCUUCCUGAGAUAUUGAGGACCAGAUUCCUUCGAAUAAUGACACUCACUUGGAUUAGUUCUGUUCCUCAUUUUACCUUUGAAGUUCUUGGAUGCCGAGAUGGUAUCAUCCGGCUAGCUGGAGGUGAUGACGUACUUGGAGGUCGAGUCGAGAUUUACCAUGACGGUGCUUGGGGUGCGGUAUGUGAUACAAACUGGGACAUACAAGAUGCGACUACUGUAUGCAGGCAGCUUGGUUUCCUAGAGGCAAGUGAGGCAAAGAAAGGAUCAUUUUAUGGAGCGACAGAACUUCCUAUUGUAAUGGAUCGAGUUGCUUGUAAAGGGACAGAGCCAUAUCUUUCCAGGUGCUCUUUUCUUUGCAGGGAAAAUAAUCCAUGCACCAGCACUGCUGGAGUAAUCUGCAAACCAAAUGAUGUGAGGCUUGUGGAUGGACCGGCCAGGGGAAGUGGAAGAGUGGAGAUCAAUGUGGAUGGUACAUGGGGCGCCAUCUGCGACAAUGAGUGGGACUUGACUGAUGCUGGGGUCGCCUGCAGACAGCUGGGUUAUUCUGGUGCCACGCAUGCUGAGGUGGGUGCUUUCUUCGGUCAAGGCAGUAAUCCUAACCUUAUGGAUGGGGUUAUCUGUGACGGCUCCGAGGCCAAAAUCACCGACUGUCCAUCGCAUUGCUGGGAUAAACCCAAGUGCACAAACACAGAAACUGCUGGAGUAAUCUGUGCUAAAGGUUGGCGAGACAUUUACCACUCUGAGGAUGGCUUGCAGUAGAUGCUCAGAUACCGUGAAUGGAGCAUAGAGCGCCAAACCCUAACUGUGGGCUGAAGACUUACUAAAGGACCUGUGCAUGGACGGCUCAAUUAUUAAUAAUAGGAAUACAAUGUAAUAAUAAUGUUACUCGAUUUCAAUCAUUAAUCAAAACGUGAACCGUGAAUAUAUACUCAGUAA